AAACAUGCAAUUUACAGAGAACUAUUAAGAUAAGUUGUUAAAUUAAAAAUUUUAUUUUUUACUUUACUUUUAAUUAUUUGAAAAAUAUAAUAGUCAUAGGGUGGUGAUACACACAUACAUGUGCAUUUGCAACUAUUUUGAAAGAUAAGAGAAGGUUACAAAUUUUGAAGAAAACAUAUUUUAAAAUGAAAUUGACAAGGGUGUACCAGCAAUAAAUGGUGCUCGAUAGCUUUUUUAUUAUAUCAAGAAUUAGUGAUUGAGUUGUUGGGAGAGUGUAGAAUGAACUGCUUACCUUUUAUUUCCAUAUUUUGGCCGUUUAUGAAAAAAAUACAAACUCAUUUAAAUUAACUUGAAACGGUUAAACUGACUUAUUCAUUUAAAUGCACCAUUCUAUAUGUCUAUUAUUAAAAAAAUAUUAUUUAAAAUAUAAAAUUAGUCUAUGUCAUGUUUUCAAAUUGGAUUUGUAUUUGCUUGAUUUUCAGAUAUUUUUCAUCACUAUAGUAUAUUUUAUAGAACUGUAAUUAAUGCAUGAGCUUCAUUUUUACAGGUAUCAAUUAUAUCAGUGAAAUACAAAUUUAUUAUAAUACAUAGGUCCGAGUGGUGCGUCCACGUCAAAACCAUGGGAUCGUCCAUUCGCUUGUUAUCGCUGCGGUAAAACUUACUCGUGGAAAGUAUCAUUGACGCGGCAUUUACGAGAAGAAUGUGGCAAACUGCCACAACAUGCGUGUACCUACUGCGGUAAGCGGUUCAAACAGCGUAGCAGUUUCCAACGUCACAUGUUUACACAGCACCAACUCGAGGCUCGAAUCUACGGAUGUGACAGUAGGCGUAUCUCCCACCGCAAAAUCGUCAUUAGGACUACCAGUCAACUUAAUGACGACGACAAAACGGUUUCCAUGCUAUAAAUGUGGAAAAAACUACUCAAUCAAGAGUACUUCGGACAGACGUCUGCGUUUCAAAUGUGGUUCGUCGCAACGAAUGUGGACCUGCCAAAAAUGCAGCAAAAUUUAUAAAAGCAAGAGUAGUCUUGCCAGACAUAUAAGAUAUGAGUGUGGCAAAGAUCCACAGUUCUCCUGCGAAUUUUGUCCUAAGGCUUUUAAACAAGCAGAUAAUUUUAAACGUCACUACAUCCUACGACAUUUGAAGCCAAAUAAAUUUAAAUAAGUUUAGAAUCUAUUU